CCCGCACCGGGCGUGCGGGCCGGCCGGCGCGCUGAGGCUCGGAGACCGGAGCCGGGCGACGCCGCGAUCGCAGCGGCCAUGGGCGCCCUGACGAGCCGGCAGCACGCGGGCGUGGAAGAGGUGGACAUCCCAUCCAAUUCCGUGUACCGCUACCCGCCCAAGUCCGGCAGCUAUUUUGCGAGCCACUUCAUCAUGGGAGGAGAGAAGUUUGACUCCACGCAUCCGGAAGGUUACCUAUUUGGUGAGAACAGCGACCUGAACUUCCUGGGAAAUAGGCCAGUGGCGUUUCCUUAUGCUGCCCCACCUCCCCAAGAACCUGUGAAGACUCUGAGAAGCCUGAUCAACAUCCGAAAGGACACGCUGAGACUUGUCAAAUGUGCUGAGGAAGUGAAGAGCCAAGGAGAAGAGGCAGGCAAAGCUAAGGUCCACUACAACGUUGAGUUCACCUUCGACACAGAUGCCCGGGUAGCCAUCACCAUCUACUAUCAGGCCACUGAAGAGUUCCAGAAUGGUAUUGCCAGCUACAUUCCAAAAGACAACAGCCUGCAGUCUGAGACAGUGCAUUACAAGCGAGGGGUGUGCCAGCAGUUCUGCCUGCCCUCCCAUACCGUGGACCCCUCAGAGUGGACAGAAGAGGAGCUUGGCUUUGACCUGGACCGAGAGGUCUACCCUUUGGUGGUGCAUGCUGUGGUGGAUGAAGGAGAUGAGUAUUUUGGCCACUGCCAUGUGCUCCUGGGCACCUUUGAAAAGCACACAGACGGGACCUUCUGUGUCAAGCCCCUCAAGCAGAAGCAAGUGGUAGAUGGGGUCAGCUACCUUCUUCAGGAGAUCUACGGGAUUGAGAACAAGUAUAACACGCAGGAUUCUAAGGUGGCUGAGGAUGAAGUGAGUGAUAACAGUGCCGAGUGUGUGGUGUGUCUCUCAGAUGUCCGCGAUACCUUGAUCCUGCCCUGCCGUCACCUCUGCCUCUGUAACACCUGUGCAGACACCCUGCGCUACCAGGCCAACAACUGCCCCAUCUGCCGGCUGCCCUUCCGGGCACUGCUUCAGAUCCGAGCCAUGAGGAAAAAAUUGGGCCCUUUGUCUCCAACCAGCUUUAACCCCAUCAUCUCAUCCCAGACCUCGGACUCUGAAGAGCAUUCAUCCUCGGAGAACAUCCCACCAGGCUACGAAGUGGUGUCUCUCCUGGAGGCCCUCAACGGCCCUCUCACACCGUCCCCUGCAGUUCCUCCACUUCAUGUUCUUGGGGACGGCCGCCUCUCAGGAAUGCUCCCGUCAUAUGGCAGUGAUGGCCACCUGCCCCCCAUCAGGACACUGUCCCCCCUCGACCGCCUGUCUGAUUGCAGCAGCCAAGGACUCAAACUCAAAAAGAGUCUAUCCAAAUCCAUUUCCCAGAAUUCUUCUGUGCUACAUGAAGAGGAAGAUGAGCGCUCUUGCAGUGAGUCGGAGACUCAGCUCUCUCAGAGACUGUCAGCCCAGCAUCCUGAAGAGGGACGUGAUGUGUCUCCAGAGAGUGAGAACCUCACCCUGUCCUCUUCAGGGGCUGUUGACCAGUCAUCUUGCACAGGGACUCCGCUCUCUUCUACCAUCUCGUCCCCAGAAGACCCCGCCAGCAGCAGCCUGGCCCAGUCAGUCAUGUCCAUGGCAUCCUCCCAGAUCAGCACGGACACAGUGUCCUCCAUGUCUGGCUCCUACAUUGCCCCUGGCACAGAAGAAGAGGGAGAGGCCCUGCCUUCCCCGCAGGCGGCCAGCAGGGCCCCUUCAGAAGGCGAGGAGACACCAGCAGAGUCUCCAGACAGCAAUUUUGCCGGCCUUCCAGCUGGAGAGCAAGAUGCAGAGGGAAAUGAUGUCAUAGAGGAAGAGGACAGAUCGCCUGUGCGAGAAGACGGCCAGAGGACAAGCGCAUUUCUAGGCAUGGAAUGUGACAAUAACAAUGACUUUGACACCGCAAGCGUGAAAGCACUGGACAAUAAGCUGUGCUCUGAGGUCUGCUUACCUGGUACCUGGCAGCAUGAUAACAUAGUCAACUGUCGCAGUGCCCAGUGCCGGCGCUCAUCAUCCAGCAGCCUGGAGGACCCUGAGGAGAACAGGCCUUGUGUAUGGGAUCCUUUGGCUGUCUGAGGGCACCCACACCUGUACCUGGGUUCCCCCCCGGUCCUCACGGGACUGCAGG